ACUGCUUUUGGUUGUUUCUCAUAACGUGUCAAAAGAACACUCAUUCAAUAUGGUUGUUUCGUGUCAAAUAUUAAUUAAUAAACCAACCAGCUACCACAGGCCCGGCCAGCCAGUCAAUGGAGUCAUUAAAUAUGCUCUGAAUCAUCCCUUAGAAGUCUACAGUGUAGUUCUAUCACUAGUUGGUGAAGGAGAAUGCAGUUGGACCGAAACAGAAUCGAACGGCGAUAAAUCAGAAUCGAAAACGUACUACGGUACUGAAAGAUUUUUCAAAGAGUCCAUGAACGUUGUUAAGAAGACUGGAGGAGUGGUCACAAUUCCUGCGGGAUCGUACGAGGUCCAAUUCGAAUUCUGUUUUCCUAAAAACAUACCACCAACCUUUCAAAAUCACACUGCAACAAUAUCGUACAAAUUACUACUAAAGUUCAAAAGACCAGGCCUUUUUCAAUCCAACAAGAAAUUCAGUGCUGAGAUACCAAUUCGCACCUGGAUGGAGAGUGAACCUGAAACACCACUAGUAUUUGGACUGGAAAAAAAACUUACCAAACUAUUCUCAAGAAAGAAGCCCCUCAUUAAUUUGAAGGUGAUGAUAGCUAAAACUACUCUGACUCCAGGCGAAACAGCUCACUUGGAUAUAGUCGUAACAAAUAACUCAAAUGUUACUAUAACAGCUAUAAAGUCUGAAAUCUUGCGAAAUAUAACUUACACAGCGGAUUGUGGACAAAAAGAAUAUGACGAUUCCGUAAUACAAAGUAGUAUAAUACAAAGCACGAGUAUACCAGGCAAAUCUAUUGUGAACUUGACUCAAGAAAUGCCGGUGUCAUCAGUUAUAUAUACUGUGCGAAAUUCAAGAAUACUCAAAGUAGAAUUUAAGCUAAGGGUUACGUUAAGGCUGCCGAUGCCCCACAUCAACGCUUCUACGGAAGUGCCUGUUUUAAUCAUUGAUAAGAGUGAUGAAUACCUUGGUGAUGAACCUCCUUCGUAUUGGCAAGUGAUGUGUGAAGACGAGAAAGGGAAAUAAACUUUGUAGCCAGUGUAACUGGACAUAAUAGGACUUAAUAUCUCAUGUCUCAGGAUGGCGAACGCAGUAAAAUGCCAAACAAUACUUUGUAAUUCGGGUUGGAUGGUGUUUCUAUUGUUGAUGGGCGAUUGUAUUGCUUACCAUCAGGCGAAUGUAAGUAUAGAGUGUAAAUAUUCGUUUAUACUUCAAAAUAAUAACGAUCAUAAAUGUUCAUUAUUAAAUUAAUUAUA